AUGGCGGAAGAUAUAUUGCAUCAGAUGCGUCUUAGAACAUCGAAUGCAGAUUUACAAAUGAAGGAAGAAAUUCACAAUGAAGCAUUAAUUUUAAUUGAGGACAUGUGCUUGAUGCUUACCAACAAAGUAUUAACACAAAUAGAAGUGAUAGCACCCAAUCGCCUAAUGCACAACUCAUUUGAUCAGGAAUUGAGACGCGAAGCCCAAUACGAUUCCAAAACAUUACGAGAAAUCGUUGAUAGAACAGUUCCCCUUUUAAAUGAGCAACAAAAAUGUGCCUACGAUACGCUCAUGGAAGUAGUGCACGAUGAAACUGGCGGAUUUUAUUUUUUAGAUGCUCCUGGUGGAACUGGGAAAACGUUUUUGUUAUCAUUGAUUUUGGCCACGAUUCGAUCGCAAAAUGGAAUUGCACUAGCCCUAGCUUCAUCAGAUAUUGCAGCUACGUUGUUGGAAGGCGGUCGAACAGCUCAUUCAGCUCCAACUUGCAACCUUUCGAGGAAUUCUGCCAUGGCCAAAGUGCUGCAGCAAACCAGAUUGAUCAUUUGGGAUGAAUGCACGAUGGCACACAAAAAAUCUUUGGAGGCAUUAGAUCGCUCAAUACAAGAUUUACGAAAUAACAUAAACCGGUUUGGUGGUGCAAUGAUACUAUUGACAGGUGAUUUUCGACAAAUAUUGCCAGUUGUUCCACGCUCAACGCCAGCUGAUGAACUAAAUGCAUGUUUGAAGUCUUCCAUUUUAUGGAAAUAUAAUACAUUAAAACACUUAAAUUGA